CUUGUCUGCGCACCUUAGAUGACCUGUACAAUUUUGUUGAAAAUGUUCGAGUUUUGGCCUAAAUAACAGCGGUUUUAUUUUGCAUUAUCUAAUGUAAAGGCUGUAGAAAGCAAGAUCAAUGUUUCAAGAAGGGAUUGCUGCCAAACAGUUUGCAGAAGCAUUGGGAGUUUUGGAAAAUGCAACAGUAUCACAGAAAGAGCGAAGGAGUGACAAGUGGUGCAUGAAGUUCCCUUCUUAUAUAAGGGAAUCUCAUGUUUGUUUGGAAGCAGUCAGAUAAACAGGUAUAUAGAAGUGCAUGGUACAGUUACCGUUGCAUGGGAAUGAAAGGAGGUACACCCGUAAUCAUAAAACACCAAAUGGUACAUGGUGAAUAAAGUGUGAUACACAGAGUGGCGCAUGGUGUAGCGGUAGGCGGUUGAAAAGCCCACCAUGCCGCAGUGAAUAUUAAGAUGAUAAGGAAAGCUAACAAACUGACUGUUACUCAGGAUUCACCAACAGCCGCAAGAUUAGCUAAUUAUCGUGGUGAAGGAACCACUCCUUUAGCAGGGCAAGCUUACCCACCUCCUAUAAGCCCUAUAGCUAUCGGCACAAUCUCACCCCCAUUGACCUCCCCAGAUACGGACUCGGAAAUGCAGGCCUCUCCCAGUAGCAGUCCUGGGACCUCCCAUGAUGUCACUGUUGACCUGGCUGCCGAUCUUGAGGCUCAACACUUCCUCAAAGACAAGGAAAAGAAAGCCAGUACAGGGUCUAUAGGUGCUACAUUAGAACCCAGCAGGCCAAAGCAGGUUACUGUCACCCAGCCAGGCCAGAAAAAUCCCAAACCUACUGGUCCAGCCAAGAGACCAUCUGUAAAAGCAGACCUUGAUGUAUCUAAGGAAUUUCAACGAUGUCGAGAAGAAGGUGCCAAACGAUUAGACCUCAGUAGACAACAAAUUAGUAUAUUGCCGAGCUCAGUGCGAGAAUUAACUCAACUGACAGAGUUAUAUCUGUAUGGGAACAGACUAACAAGUCUACCAGCAGAGAUAGGAUAUUGUUCAAAUUUAUUGACACUGGCCCUUAGUGAGAAUUCUUUAACUAGUCUGCCUGAAAGACUGGAGCAUUUAAAACAAUUGAGAGUGCUAGAUUUAAGACAUAACAAGCUUAAUGAAAUUCCUGAGGUAGUGUACAAAUUGACUUCACUUACCACAUUAUUUCUACGCUUCAACAGAAUCAAAAUAGUUGGAGAAGAAAUUAGAAAUCUUACACAUUUAUCUAUGUUAAGUUUGCGGGAAAAUAAAAUUCGAGAACUUCCAACAGGCAUAGGUCAACUCGUUCAUUUAGUGACAUUUGAUGUCAGUCACAAUCAUCUUGAGCACCUGCCACAUGAAAUUGGUAAUUGUGUGCAGCUAAACAAUUUAGACCUCCAGCACAAUGAAUUGCUGGAUAUUCCUGAGUCCAUUGGCAACUUGAAGUCUCUACAAAGAUUAGGUCUUAGGUAUAAUCGUCUCAAUAGCAUACCUAAGUCACUGGCCAACUGUGUUUAUAUGGACGAGUUUAAUGUUGAGGGGAACAGCAUAUCACUUCUACCAGAGGGAUUAUUAGCUAGUUUAGUCAACUUAACGAAUAUCACCCUAUCGCGGAAUGCGUUCCAGUCAUACCCAGUUGGUGGACCAGCGCAGUUUAUAGCCACUCAGUCCAUCAACAUGGAACACAACCAGGUUAACAAAGUCCCAUUCGGAAUAUUUUCCCGGGCAGAAUACCUGACACGUCUAAACAUGAAGGACAACCAACUGACUUCUCUUCCCCUAGAUAUUGGUAGCUGGGUAAAGAUGGUCGAGUUGAAUCUCGGUACAAAUCAACUCUCAAAGAUCCCAGAUGAUAUACAAAACCUACAAGCCCUAGAAGUUCUAAUACUCAGUAACAAUCUUUUGAGAAGGCUACCCCCAACUAUAGGAAACUUAAAGAAAUUGCGUGUUCUUGACCUGGAAGAGAACAAACUGGAAUCUUUACCUCCAGAGAUAGGCUUUUUGAAGGAUUUGACACGCCUAGUUGUUCAGGCCAAUCAGCUGACUGCUUUGCCUCGAGCUAUUGGCUGCCUUAACAAUCUACAAUAUCUGGGUGCCGGAGAGAAUAACCUCACGUCAAUACCUGAUGACAUAGGGUCCCUGAUGCAACUAGAGUCACUGUACAUCAAUGACAACCCAAACCUGCACAACCUGCCCUUUGACCUGGCAUUGUGUGCCAAGCUACAGAUCAUGAGCAUUGAAAACUGUCCGCUCAGUGUUAUCCCUACAGAGAUUGUAGCUGGAGGACCUUCACUUGUUAUUCAGUACCUCAAAGUACAAGGACCUUAUUGCCAAAUGUGAAUAAUGCUUAGUGGGCCAUAUACAGCCUUGAGAAACACCAUUUGGAAUGAACUGCCACAGCAGACACCAAAUUAUGACAUAUUUGGAAGUAGACACCAUAUUAGGAAUAGACUGCCUAAGCCGCAUCCUUAUAUGGAAUAAAUUCCUGGAAUUGUACUGCAAUAAGUGGAAGGACCACUAAGUUAGGGCAUGUAUUAUUUAUGUCUAAAGGACACCGGAAGUAUGAGGAAGAUUCUCUAUGUAUUGGGUUGGCAAAUAAUACCACCCAGUAGAUUUAGCUGGCCAGAUCCAAGGUUCUAGCUAUAUCUAAAAGUCUAUGUAUUAGUAAGGGAUGGUGAUGUUUGAUGGCCCCCUUGGAUCUAGAUAUCCAGGGUCUGUAUUGAUAGCCAUCUUACAGCCUUGGGCACUUAAUUGACUGGACCAUUCUACACUCGCAUGCUAAUAAUUGCAGCAUGUUGUAUGACUUGUAUCCCAUUGGCACUUUGGCCUUAGGUCCAAGACACUGUAGCUGGUCAGUAGGGUACAAUGGCUUGACAUUGCAACUGAAAACUUAACAUGGAGUACACUAUCCAUGAAAAAGCUUGAAGAAUUUAUUUUCAAAAACAGCCUGAUGUUCAGGCUAGUUACACUUGUGCCCCAUGGGAGUCAAUACUCUGUGUGAAUCAGUGUGUGUUGGGAUACCACAGAGGGCUAUAACAAAGAGGAACAAUAAAUCUGAAUGAAGGGAUUUUAUGUAUUAGAACAGUUGGCCCUUACCCAGAGCAGACAGAUAUAUAGCACACUUUGUUGUGAACAGUUAUUAAAGAAGUGCAAUUUGUAAUUGAAAUGACGCUGUAUCUGGGGAUCCGAUGUAAUGCUUAUCCGUUUCCCAUCUAACUGUUGUCAUAGUAAUCAUUUGUCAGUUUAUAUAUUUACAACGUAUGAGUACAUGGUGUAAUAUGGAUUUUAUAUGUGCAUUUUUUGAUAGUAAUUUGUAAGUUUUGAUUUUUAUGGAUUUUUUGAGUUGUUGUUUAAUACUUUGUUGGUUGUAGCACGCAGACACAGUGCUUCCAGUUUAAUCUUAAAGGUGGCAGCACUGUGUCUGUGCGUGGUGUAUUUGAAUAUUGUACUUUAAUGUUGUGAAGAGUCUAUUAAAUGUUGGCAGCCAGUACACUGUGUGCUAGCACAUAUAGAACAUUCAUUACUCAAGGUGGCCUAAUUGUGAGCACCAAAUAGCCGUGAAUUUUCUUGGUUUGGAAAAACAGAAGUGGAUUUUCGUUGUGUAUUAAUAUUAAAGGAAUGAGUUAUCUUAGUCCCUGUUGAUUCGGUAGCUUGUGUUUUUAACACAUCAGGGGAGGGGGAAAAGCUAGAAGAUACCUGGCUAUUAUGAUGUUUUCAUAUAUGAGAGCUACUAGAGAUGUAGUAUGCAGACUUUGAAUACAAGACAAAUAGUAAAUUGUUCCAUAUGGUUGUUGAAUUUUAGAGAUUGAUAUAGUCAACUUAGAAGGAGAUACAAUUUAUCUUCAUGGUAAAGAUGAAAAUUGAACUUUAACAUUGCCAAAUUGUGUAUUAUCAUUGACAAGACAAUAUGUGUAUAUCUUUGAAAAACACCUGAUGAACUAUGAAUUGUUAAUGAGAAUUUUUGAAUGAAAUGAUUUGUAGAUGCAAUGAAAAGCAUUGCUAAUACACAUGAUUGACUGGGAUAAGUCAUCUUUUGAUUCACUCAACCAGUCUGCCACCAGGGCUCAUUAUUAUUAAAACUAUUUAUUUAAAGUUUAAACUUUUUUAUUAUGGUCUUGUCUUCAAUUUUGAUUCCAAAUUCAGAAUAGGGAAAAUUGUCUUUGUUUUUGAACAUGUUAGCUUAAUCAUUUCAUUUGUCAUUUUUACCUCAUAAAUCUAAACAGUAAAGACUAAUUAUUAUUAUCAAUACUUGUACUACCAAUUGUAAGAUCACAAAAUAUGACUUACCAUUUCAUCUCAAUUAUCGGUAGUGCCACUUAGUAAUGUGGAUCUUUUUCUAAUUCACUUAUAUUCAUUAUUAUUCUCUUGGGAGGCAAAAUUAUGAAAAACAUUUUUCUAUUUAAGGUAUCAUGUAGAAAACUUUGGAAUGAUUUUGUUAUAGAUUUUAACUGUAAAUUCUAAUUCUGUUCACUGGUGUAUUUUCAAAACAAAUGAAAUAUUAAAUAUUAAUAAUUUGUAAAUCAAAGAUAGAGAAAUCCCAGACUUGCCAAUUUAAGGAAAAUCUUCAAGAUUUAUACACUAUACAGGGGACUGUGUUACUUAAAAUGCAUCACUGUGGAUGUCCUGCUAUGAACUGAAGAUUUGUACAGUAGUCUAUAUCAUUGGUAAGAUCAUGUUAUUCCAAAUACAUAAAGGGAAGCAAGUUGUCAAUAGUUCAAUAUAAUCUCAGAAACCUAUGCUUUGUCUGUUAUGGUUAAUAUACAAAAAUGCAGAAAUGUAUCAAACAUUUGAAGAGACUUUGAUGUGCAUAUUGUCUCAAGUGUUAGUUCUAAUUACAAUAGUUUUAAUUACAAUAGUUCUAAUUACAAUAAGACUACAUGCAAGAGUAAUUGAUUUCAUUGUUAGCUUGUACCACCAAUAGACUUUGAUAAAGGCAUCUCUUUCUGUUUUUACCAAAGCUUGAUAGAGAUAACAUAAAUUACAUUUUAAAUUUGAAAAAAAUAAAGAGUGGUAAAGAAAUCUCAAUUUGGAACUUGAUGAGCAAUUUUUGAUAGUGUUGAAGCAGUGAUAUCCCCAAGAUAUUUUCUCAACUAAAUCCUCAUUCCAUCUGUUCUUGGCCAAAUUAUCUCAUUAUGUCACACUGUUGACAAGUGCAAAUAGAUUUUCAACUCGGUGGCAUGUCAUUUUCAUAUUUUUAACUGGGUACUGCACAUAUUUGCUCUAAUGCUGGGAGAUAACUUGUUUGUGUCUAUUGAUGGUGCAACCAGAUCAUUAUGAAUUCAAACAAAUUGAAGUUAUAUAUUUUAGAUCAGAAUUCGUCAUUCAUGGCCUUUGAAAAUAAAUUUCUGAAAAUAAUAUUGAUCUUUUGACUGCUUCCCCAUCCUAUGGAAACCCAGUAAGAUACACUAGGUUUUUGUGAGCAAAAAAUGAGCAUAUGUAUAAAUCAAUUUUCAUCAUGAAUUUGUCAAGUAUUAAUUGAAUUAGAAUAAUUGGAUUUCAUCUUUCCUCUGAUUUGAAAGUGAAUCUGUUAAAUGAAUGUAAGAAGUAGAAGGAAUGUUGUAAAAUAUGUAUAUCUGGCACUAGAUAUCUCAGUAUGUUAGAGAUAUUAUAUAUAUGUUGUUCAAAGUACCGCCCAAUACAAGUCUAGUUCUAAAUGCUUCAAAUAGGAAUUGAUGAAAUGCAUAUAUGUAAAUAUAUAAUAAUAAACCAACUAAGAUGUCAUUUUGUUUGUUUUGGUUUUGAUAUUUAACCAUAUUGACAAUGUCCAAAGGUUGACUUAAAAUUAUAUCUCAACAUUGUAUUGUAAAACCCUAUCAAGUUAUGGAG